AUGUCGACGAUGUCGUCGGAGCGAUGGGGAGCGUUCCUCAGGAAUGAGGAUAAAAACCAAAUGAAUCGGUGGCACGCGCCGCGAUUGGUCGCCGUCCCGGUGCUCGUCACUUACCCCGAAAAUCGGCUCGGAUUCCGGGAAACGGUACCGAGAGGCUCUCUCGCGCCCCGCGUCUCCCCCCCCGGGGUAACUCCCCUUUUACUUCUUACCACCGCCAUAUUUUGUUUACACCGCGCACACCGCGCCGCACACUGUCGGUCGAUUGCCCGAUCGCUCGCUCGCUCGCACGGAUUACAACGACAGGUUACAGCGCUGCCGCCGAUCGAGUUGGACGGCAGCAGCAGCGGCGGCGAGGACGAGGACCAGACCCCGGGACGAAGAGACAGAGAUUCACCGGCGGGACCAAGACCAGGCCCCCGCGACACCACACCACACCACACCACACCACACCACACCACACCACACACGUGUGACUCGAUAGAUCCGACACAGUGCCAUCGUCGUCGUGCAGUGUCGCGACGUGGUGAGGCAGGUCGCGGCGGUCACGUCGCUCGUCGAACGGCAAGAUGAGGCCCG